GCAUGACACUCCCCACAUCAAAAGGGCGCUUGUUCUACACGCCCUUGUGACGUUUUACAUCAUGCUUAUGAUCAUGUCUCAGAGAUAAAAUACAACAUCGAAAUAUUUGGAAUUUGGCACAUCACAUCGCAGAGAUAUAUCACAUUUCUACAACUGCCGAAGAGAAACAGUGACUGCGGAAAUAAUGACCACUCAGACACAGUUGCUGGAGGAUAUGCUGCCCUCAACUGCCGAGGCACCAACUUACGUGGACUCUCCACCCAGGAGCGUCGCCAACAGCAGCACCCCAGCACCAGCAGUGGCAUCUCGUUUACAGAAAAUAGCAGUGACAUUCCAACUGUCCGGCGUCAACUUUGCAGCCAGCGCUACAAACGGCCUCAUCGUCGUGGGUCUCCCCCAAAUGACCGCCGGUCUCGCCCUCCCCCCAUCCCUCGCCUUCUGGCCCUCCUCCGUGCAGGGCCUCGCGACAGCCUCAACGCUGCUGCUCGCGGGUGCCCUCGCGGACGUGCUUGGCGCAAGAUCCGUCGAUCUGCUCGGGUGCAUCCUCAGCGGCGCGCUCAUGCUGGCCUGCGGAUUCGUCCGCACGGGCGAGCAGCUAGUUGCGCUAAGGGCCCUACAGGGCGUUGCGCUCGCGCUGCAUCUCUCGAGCUCUGUGGCGCUCGUGACGAGGACGCUGGCGCAGGGACGGGGCAGGAACUUUGCGUUUGCAUGUCUGGGGUUGAGCCAGCCGCUUGGCUUUUCGUUUGGGCUCGUCCUUGGCGGAGUGCUGGUCGAGACUAUUGGCUGGAGAUCGGGUUGGUUUCUCUACGGUGGCAUCAAUCUUGUCUUGUCCGGGGUGGGCUUCUGGUCUCUGCCAAAGUCCGAGCCACUUGGAACGUUACACGAUGUGCUGCAGAGCGUUGCGACCAAGAUUGAUUGGCUCGGCACUCUUCUCGCUUCAGCUUUCAUGGCACUGCUGUCAUACUUCCUAGCCAUCAUCAGCACAGAUGUGUACCGCAUCAAAGACGCAAGCAGUAUUGUUCUUCUAAGUACGAGUCUCGUUGCACUGCCGCUCUUUGUCGGCUGGAUGCAUCUUCAGGUGAAAAGGGGUCUCCCGGCCUUGAUACCGAAUGCGUUCUGGCGGAACCACUCUUUCACCACGAUCUGCGUGACCAUAGCCUUAUCCAACGCUGUCAUAAACUCUCUAGAGCUAUUUGCGAGUCUCUUCUUCCAAGAGGUGCAGCACCUAUCAGCUCUCAGUGCAGCUAUUCGCAUUCUUCCUAGCGUCGUGGUGGGUGCAGCCCUCAACUUCACAACAGGUCUAGUUGUCCACAAGAUCCCUGCUAUAUGGCUCGUUGUUAUCACAUCUGUCCUCACAGCAAUCUCGCCUCUGCUCAUGGCACUCAUCGACCCCGCGUGGACGUACUGGACAGCUGCAUUCUUCGCGCAGGUUCUCAUGCCCUUCUCAGUAGACGUCCUCUUCACGGUGGGUCUGAUAGUGGUCACUGAAACCUUCUCCGAGGACAAACAGGCGGUGGCCGGGUCAGUGUUCAACGCAGCGUCGCAGUUUGGAAAUGCCAUGGGUUUAGCCGUGAUGCAGGCUAUAUCGACCCUUGUAAGCAAGCAACAUGCAGGAUCGAAGCCAGCUGAGGCUCUUCUUCAGGGCUACAAGGCAAGUUUCUGGGCCAUGUUUUCAUUCAUGGUUCUCUGUGCUCUCAUUGGAGGUGUCGGGUUGCGCAAAGCCGGCAAAGUCGGUCUGAAGCAGGAGUAAAAAGGGGGCGCUGGACAAUACAGAAGUUGAGGGUGGCGAUCUCCCUGGGAGAUGGGAAAGUGGAAUUCGGUGACAUUUCGAUAUAAUUCUAUUGAAUGAACGGGAGAUGGGCCUUGUUCCGUCGUAACUCGGAGCGGGCUCCGAAACCUAGUCGGCUCCCAACUGAGUUAUUGGGUCCGACAUGGGUCCUUGGCAUUGGGUUCAGCUUUCAGAGUACUAGCAGUGUCGAUCCCGCGGGAACGUGUCUUGGAGUUCAGCUGUCACGGAAAUACCUACUCUACGAUCCCUGGAAAGAAAUGUUGGUUCCUAAGAUCCAUUUCCUGAAUAACUCCAUGAUCAGCCCUAUCUAAUACCUGUUUCAUCGGUGGUGGUGUGUCGUGGGAAAAAGUUUACAGUGGCCCUGUCGGAAGUUCCUCACGGAAGUUCCGUUGGCACGCUAUGGGUCAACUAAAGUGCCGCCGCUGGGUAGUUAAUAUCCAGGAAGCCACCUACCCACAGACAACUCGAUUUAGUGGGCUCUGAUCCAGUUACAGAGGGAUCCGCUGCGGCUCUUGCUCCGAGUCUAAGGGCCUAGACCGUCCACGGCAUCGAUGCGCUAGUUACGUGUAAGGGAACGAUCUUAGGGCUGUUGGGGGGGCGCAAACGCGCGUUCUGUAAGUGGCUUGCUUUGGUGGUUUUGGGGGUUCACCUCCAGCCAGGUAUUUGGGGUACCUUAGCCUUAGGUAUGGUUCAGCCGUCAAUUUACCUGGCAAUCAAAUUAAUUUACGAGA